AUGACCGCCGCAGCGUCCUCGUCGCCCGCCCGCGGCCUCCGCCUCUCGUACCUGCGCCACUUUAUCAACAGCCAUGGCGGCGAAACCAGCUUUGCCGGCAAGACGACAGCCCAAGUCUGCUUUGAGUUUGUCGUGCCAUUGACCAAGCCGUCGGAGCUCUCGCUCGUUGACCACGUCGCCAACGACCCAACGACCGCCGCCUACGUCGCGCCGGCCAACUGGUAUGUCAGCCACGCCUGGCAGUAUCUCUUCUUGGAGACUGUCGACAGCCUCGAGCGCUUCUUUGCCGACCGCGGCCUCUCGGACGACGCGGUCAUUUGGUUUUGCGUCUUCAACAACAACCAACACCUCGCGAGCUCGUACCCGUUCGAGUACUGGUCGACGACGUUCAAGAAUGGUCUGGCAGCCAUCGGCAACGUGGUCAUGAUCAUGCACCCGUGGAACGACCCGAUCGUCUUGCGGCGAAGCUGGUGCGUCUUUGAAGUCUACGUGGCUGUGACCAUGGGCGCGCGCUUUGAGAUCGCACUGGCGCAGGGUCAAGAAGCCACGUUUCUCAACGACAUCGCAGACGAUGGCGCGAUCCAUCGCAUGCUGGCGACAAUCAAAUGCGAAAACUCGGAGGCAACCGUCCCGAGCGACCGUGAUGGUAUUUUUGAUUUGAUUCGCGCCGAGACAUCGUUCAUCGCGGUCGAUCGGCUCAUCUUUUCGACUUUAUCGAAUUGGAUCAAGGCAGCGCUUGAGGCAUCGAUCGCAUCGGCGCCAACGCUCGCCGAGAAGGCAGCGCGGUGGCGCCAUCUCGGGCACAUCUACGACCGCGACAACGACGACGUCGAGACCGAGCGCUGCUUCCGACACGCCGUCGUCUUGUUUACGCGAGCCAAUGGCCCCAACGACCUCGAGACGCUCAAGACGCAGUCGGAGCUGGCAUUGUGCAUCGCGUUUCAACGCAAACCACAGCUCGAGUGGGAGCCGCUCUUCCUCUCAACGCUCUCCGCGCUUGUGGAUCUGCUCGGCGCGAUGCACAAGACGACGCUCGUCGCUCGCUUGCGCCUCACGGUCGCACUUUCCUGGAACGGCGAUCACCGCGGCGCGCUUACUGUGGGUCUUGGGACGCUGGACCUCCAGCGCGCCACGUUUGGCCUCCGUCAUUGGCAGACGGCUGGCACGUUGAGUGCGAUCGGCGGUGCGUACAACCAGCUCUACAUGUACCGCGUUGCUGCCCGGUACCUUCGACGCGCCCUGCUCGUGCAAGAAGCAACCUUUGGUCACGACCAUACGUCGACGCAAACAUCGGCGUCACGGCUCACGAAUGCCCUUUUGAACACAGGCAACGCCGUGCGGGCGCUGCCCCUGGCACAGCGCCUUGUUGCGAGCAGCGAGCGCAUUCUCGGCCCGCUCCACGACUCGGCAAUUGUUGACAAGAUUACACUCGGGGUCGCACUUCUUAAUGCGGGAAAGGCCAACGAAGCGCAGGCACUAUUGACGACGCUGGAUGCGAUCUUAGAAGGCCGGCCUGAGCUAGCCACACGCCAGUUCUCGGUGCUCGAUCACAUUGCCGUUGCAUUUUGGUACCAGAGCCAGUACGAGAAGGCCGCCACGUACUUUUACUAUGUCGAGUCGACCGACGAGUUGACGCCCGAGACGUGGCCAGCCAACUGUCUCGUGUGCGGCAAGGCGAUUGUCGGUUGUGUCGUCAUGUGCACCGGGUGCCCCGGCGGCAUCUUUAUGUUUUGCACCAGCUGCCUCGCGCGCAAGGUCGCCCGGCUGCAACUGCUCUGCAAGCACGACCCGUCGACGACAACGUACACGACGACGCCGCCCCCGCGCCGAUUUUUCUUGGAAAAAGACCUCCUCGAAGCCUCGUACGACCGCGUCGAGAUGCUGUGGACCGACUACGCCAGCUACUGCACGAUGCACAACGUUCCGUUGCACGAGCGCCUAGCACGGACCUCGGUGCCCGUUUUGAACCGCAGUUGGCACCCGAUGCUCUAG